CCUGAUUGAGCAAAAGGGCUUCCUCUGCAGGAAAGGAGGGGAAUGCGCGCUUCAUCCAGCUAGACCUCAGAACACAUUAUUAAGCAGCACCUCGGCAAAAGGGGACGUGAUUUGAAACAAUUUUGAAAGAACAAAAAAAUAAUAAAAGGACUGGGAAAGAUGACCGAUACGCAGCCUUUGUGUCUUUCCGCGUCUUUCCUUGUUGCUGGGGAUUUCUAGUAAUGUGUUUUAAUGUAUAUCUAGUGUGUAGCAUCACUUUUAAAGGACUGUGAUGAUCUGAACACAUUCUCAUUGACUAUUUGGGUGCGUCUCCCAAAAUGAAUACAGCAGCAGAUGAUAAGAAGCCACCUCUAGCUCCGAAACCAAAGAUUCUUGAUCAGCUGACAUCUAAGUUGCCUUCAUCCCUGAUGUCAAGACCUUCAUCUGCUUCCCGGGGUCCAAAGCCUCCGAUUGCUCCCAAACCAAAGCUGCUGCAGGAUUCUGAAGAGAAAUGCUGCUUGUAUACAAACAAUAACCUGAACAGGUGCACAAAUGGAAAGUUACUGUGUUCUGAAGAAGAGUUCAAUGAGGAAAAUACAUGCAGCACCUAUUCUGAGUCUGAGAGCUUCCAAAUCAUGGACGAUGGGUACAUUAUGCUUCCUGACAAUGAGACUCUUACUAAUGAAAGGGAUGACAGUGGUAAUGAAGAGGGACAGUUGUAUGAGCUCUCUUCUGAUGCUAAGGUGCUCAAUUCUACUGAUAACAUUGAUGGAAAUGGAGAGGUAGAAUUGGAAGAGGCUGUUGAACCCGAUCAGACUGAAGACACUGUAUCAUUAGAAAUUGAUGAAACUGGUGAUGCAGUAUCAACUAAUACAGUAGAGGCUUGUACUGAAGUUGUAGAAAGUGUUGAAGCCUUGAGUAAUGACGGAACAUCAGACAGUGAGAACAGAGAGGAAGCUGAAGCUGUGGACUCAGGAGCUGGUCCACAGGAUAAUGAUACAGGUAGGGAAUCAGAUCAAGAUCUGGGAGAGGUUGCAGAGGAUGUGGGCGCCAGUGAAGGCGAUGAGGAAUACCAAAAAGAUCAGAUCUUAGAUGACGACACAUCAUGUGGAAUUAGUGAAGAGAACAACCCUAAUCAGUCUCCACCAGUUAGUGAAGGAUCUGACGAUUUAAAUGAACAAAUUGAUCCUGAGAAAGAAGAUCAGGAAAAUGUUGAAGUAAACGAAGCGCGUGAGGAUCAGGUUGUUGAACUGUGUGAAAAUAUGGUACCCGAGGAACAAGAAACUCAGGAUUACCUUGUUUUCUCUUCAGAUGCUGAGCAGUUGCAGCUUGCAAAACAAAUAGAUCCUUGUUCUCUGAUUCUUGAUCCAAAUUUAUUGGAUGAGACUGUUACUGUAGAACCUGAUCUUUCACUUUCUGUGGGAGAUACUGCGGCCACCAUAGAUAUGGGCAAUGAAACCAAUGUGUUGGAGGAAUUUACAGAAAAUGAAACUAAUUAUAUUAUGAACUUAGAGGAUCAGGUAGCUAUGGAAAAAUCUGAAAAUGUUGAGUCUUCAAAUUUUCCAUGUGAUGUUUUUGAAGAGGAGCAAAGCUUCCCUACCUUAGAAGAUGACAUUGUAGAAGAUGACUUUACCCUGGAGGAGACUCAUGCAUUUAUUGAUAUGGAAAAGCCUUCUAAUGAAUGUGAAGGUCUUGACCAAGAAUUAGUAUGUGAAAAAAAGGAUGAUGAGAUAUUUCCUAAUGACACAGAGGAAAAUGUAUAUAGCUUAGCAGGAACAGAUGAUUUAUCCGAUGAAAAUGCCAAAACUGAGGACUGUAGUACAGUGGAAAAUAUUAACAAUGUAAAUACUUUAGAAGAGGCUCUAAGCAAACUUGAAGAAUUGGUUGUGGAACCAGAAGAGACAGAAACAGUGUGCACUGAUGUUAAUGAUUACACAAUCUGCAAUCAGGACCAUUGUGGCCUCCAAGCAGAAUUAUGCACCGUUACAUUGCCAAAAGACUUAUCAGUAGAUUCUCUUUUUAGCAGACCAGCACUGCUGGAUGACUCAGAACUUUUUGGUGAUGAUAAUGAAGGUCUUAUAGUGCCGUAUAUGGAAGACAUAGAACAGGAAAAAUCAGAGGAUACCAUCAGUGAGGAGCAUGUGUAUGAAGAGGCUGGACUAGACACAGACGGUGAAAAUCUAAACUUUAUUGCCGUCGAUAGAAAAACUAUUGUAACAAGAACAAGGUCUUAUUCUGGCAAAGUACCUGGUUAUGUGCCUGAGACGGUUCCAGAGGAAUCUGACUUACAAAACACCAAUGAAUACUGCACAGUGGCCUUGGACAAAAGCGAUCAACAUCUUGGUGAAAGUGAACAACUUGACAUAAACAGAGCAAUGCUAUCUAAGUCGAGGCGUUUUAUUUUAUACCCUAGGUCAUACUCAGUUGAAGGUCGUGAUAUGCCAAUGUCUGUUUACAGAGAAAAUGACGGAGUGGAGAACUGUGGAAUGAAGAGGAACGAUGAUAACCUUUCCCUACCUUGUGUUAUCGGGUCCUCAGGCAGUUUCUCUCAGAGAAGCUACCUUUCCUCCAGCGGGAUGUCAACUCCAUCCUCAGUAGUUGAUAUUCCACCUCCUUUUGAACUAGCUUGCAUAACCAAGAAGCCGGUCACUAAAAGCUCACCAUCACUCCUAAUGGAGAACGAGUCUCCAGAUAAACCAAAAAAGAAAAAGUUGUCAUUCAAGCGUUUCUUAACACUUCGGUUCAAGAAGAAGACAGAAAAUAAGGUCCAUGUAGACGUUAAUGUUUCUUCAUCUAGGUCUUCUUCUGAGUCCAGUCAUCAAGGGCCUUUAAGACUCCUGGAAUUGGACAGGAGAAGUCUUGGCAGCUCACCACAACUGAAGUCCCGGUCUGGAAAGUCACGGGCAUCAGACUCACCAUCUACUUUUCUGUUUUACAAGGAUGGCAAGAGAAAAGGGACCCAUAAAACAUUCAGUAGGAGUGUAUCUAGAGUGGAAUCCUUUGAGGAUCGGUCAAGACCUCCUUUUAUGGCCCUUCCUUUGACAAAGCCAAGAUCUAUUUCUUUCCCGAAUGCUGAUACUUCAGAUUAUGAGAACAUUCCGGCCAUGAACUCCGACUACGAAAAUAUUCAGAUUCCACCCAGGAGACCGUCCAGAACAGGCACCUUUACAGAAUUCUUUGAGGAUCCAUGUAGAGCCCUGUCCUCUGCCAAUGAGAAUGAUGGCUAUGUAGACAUGAGCAGCUUUAACGCUUUUGAAAGCAAUCCUCAAACGCCCGACCAGGAAACAGAAAGUGCCUAUACAGAACCCUACAGAGUGUGUCCCGUUCCAGUGGUGGAUGUUACAUCUGAUGAGGAUGAAGGGAAGAGCUCAGGAGAGGAGGAUUCCCUGGUGGAACACAGCAAGAGUGAUGGGCAAUCAAGAGCUUUUUAUAUAGCAAAGGAACUGGUGGAUUCUGAGAAAGUGUAUGUGGAGGGCCUGAAGCUACUACACGUGGAUUUUAGAGAAGCCAUCCAGAAAGUGAAUUGUGAACAAAGUGAACCUGUGGUGGAAGAAGAGAGCUUAACAGCAAUUCUGUGUGAGCUGCCACAAGUCUAUGAGCUGCACCAGGACAUUCUCAAGGAGCUGGAGGAGAGAAUCACUGACUGGGAGGCGCAUACAAGGAUUGCUGAUGUUAUUCUGUCAAGGAGACCACAGUUCAACGUCUUUAACACAUACCUCACAGAAUUUGAUAGGAACAUUGCCUUGCUUGACGAGUGCUGUCAGAAAUCCCAGAUUUUCGCUUCAGCUGUACAACAAUUUGAGGAGCAGCAAAGUCCUGGCUGUGCCAACGUGAGUGUGAAACAUCAGCUGCUAAAAGUUAUUCUCCGGAUCCUUCAGUAUCGCAUGCUUCUUACAGAUUAUUUGAACAAUCUGUCCCCAGACUCGUCAGAGUAUGAAGACACUCAAGCUGCCUUGGUAAUUGUCUCUGAAGUUGCAGAUCGAGCCAAUGACAGCAUGAGACAAGGGGAGAACCUCCUCCGUCUGGUUCACAUCGAAUACAGUGUUAGGGGCCAGAGAGACCUGCUCCAGCCAGGAAGGGUAUUUGUGAAGGAAGGAACAUUAAUGAAGGUAUCCAGGAAAAACAGACACCCUCGACAUCUGUUCUUGAUGAACGAUGUUUUGCUGUAUACCUACCCACAGCAGGAUGGCAAGUACAGGCUAAAGAACACGCUGUCCUUGUCAGACAUGAAGAUCAGUAAACCCAUUAUUGACAAGGUCCAGAAUGCAUUGAAGAUCGAGGGGGCUGACUACUCCAUUAUUCUUUCUGCAAGCUCUUGCAGUGAAAGAGAGGACUGGUACCAUGUGCUCAGCAGAGCUGUUGCAGAUCAUUCAAGAGGCCAAGCCAGUCCAAGCAGCAGUGAGGCCCGAGAGAAGCUGUGGAUGUGCCUGGGUGAAAAGCCCCCCACGCUGGUGCCUGUUUCCCAUGUGAUGAUGUGCAUGAACUGUGCCUCUGAUUUCAGCCUCACCCUCCGCCGUCAUCACUGCCAUGCCUGUGGAAAGUCCCUUCUGUUCUUGCCUAAACCCUAUUUCUACUGGAGGCUGGUGCAAGGUUCAAGUGAUCUUAAGAUUGUGUGCCGGAGCUGUUCCAGGAAUAAGUGUCCACUCAAGUACCUCAAGGACAGGCUCGCCAAAGUAUGUGACCAGUGUUACACGGAGCUGAAGAAAAGAGGGGUGGAGUGCCCAACACCAGGCGAUAACUUACUGUCCAGAUCCUCAGGACGGCCCUUAUCAGCUGUCUUCCAGAGCAUCCACCCCACAGCACUGUGGAAACAGAGGAAAAACCCCUCUGCGCUGUCACAGGUUGCAGCGUCUGCAGAGGGUUCCUCAAUGAAUGGCCCCCUUCGCCGCUGUAAGAGGAACAAGAGGCACUGGAAAAAUCUAUGGUUUGUCAUCAAAGACAAAGUGCUGUACACUUAUACAACCAGUGAGGACAAAGUUGCAACUGAAAGCUUACCUCUCCUGGGGUUUACAGUGAAGCUGCCAGGGAAAGUGGAGGGAGGUAUGGAGCCAGCCUUGGUGUUUCAGCUCUACCACAAGAAAACUCUCUAUUAUACCUUCCAGUCGGAGGACGCAUACACAGCACAGAGAUGGGUUGAAGCCAUAGAAGAAGCUACUGUGUUAUAGCACUGGCUAUCUGAGUGGCCUUGGGUCACAGAGUUCUACAUCUUCAACACACAUUCCAGAAACUCAUGACGCAAACCUGGGCUGAGCCUUGGAACUCAUACACUGCAGUCUGUAACAAAGCAUGCACCCAAACAAUGAAUGUAAAGACAAAAACAAAAACAACAUAACCUGCCUUCAAUCACUGCUGACUUAAUGCAAGACAUCUUCUGAUGGAGAUUGCGCACACUUGCACAACAAGUUCAAUACUUUCCGGAUGAGGUAACUUAAUUUUUGUUUUAUAACUUUAGUGAACUCCUAGAGGGACAAAGAGAUGGCGCUGAAAAUGAGUGUCUGUCUUUUAUCUUAUGAGCAUUUACAGCACAGACAGCUGUAGUGCUGGCAUGUCUAUGCUGCAAAAACAAUGUGCCAAUGUGCCACGUGCCAAACCUUGCCGCAGUAAAGUCGUCCUCAAGAAGGCUGGGGUCUCCACAAUGUCCACAGUCUCUGGCAUCUUUAAAAGGCUUGUUAUGGUUUUCUGGUUCUUUUGUUAUCUAACCUGUCCACCUACAGCUGUAAUCCAGGACUCCGUCAGAUUGAAAUCCAUUUACAUACCAUAACUAAUCCAAUGUGCAACCCAGCAAAUAUUAGCACAUUUUAAUGCAGUCAUCUGAAUGCACAGAAGGCUGAUAAAUGUAUGCGCUCCCGUUCACAACCCUGUGUAUUACAUUUUCUCCAGUCAAUGGCACACCUGACAUCCUUAGUUACUACUUUAAUUAAAAACAAAAUCAAAACUACACUUUAAGCAUAGUAAAUCUUCACAUGCCCCUGCUUUCUGUUAAAACGGUCAGAUCUGAACCAUGGUAAAUGUUAAUAUUGUUCCAUAGGUGUCUACUUCAUGGUGCUCCCCAAAAAGAAAUGUUUGGAAACAGAUGGCCCAGGUCACUUUAAUCCUAUGGUUUUGUAAUAUAUACAAUGUUCAAUUAUUUUAUCCAACUGAUGUGUUUUCUACUUAAUAGGCAACAACUGUCCUUCUACUUCUAAUACGCUGCACUGUUCACUACUAAAGACCAUCUUGUAAUGGUCUUUAUAGCACAGGAUAUUUCUAUGAACCAUGCUGAGCUAAAACUUUUUAGAAAUAUGUUUCAAGAGUGUAAUGAAAAAUGGAAGCAAUAGAAGACAUUGCUCAUAUCGAAUAGGACCAGAGCGUUGCAGGGGGACAGGUUAGUGGUUACACUCUGGUGUACCUUAUGUAGAGAAGACAUGAUUCUGAGAGGUCUACUGAGUCCAAAGGAGUGCUUUAAAAAUGUAAAGCAGUCACUUGAUCACUGAACCGGAAAGUGAUGCAAAGUGAAUCUAAACAACAAGCAGAAGACAUUGGUUAAGAUCAUUCUUUAAAUAAAACAUUGCAAAUACUAUAUUUAGUCGAUUUUAAACUUAUUACUUUAAAGUAGUUUUACAACAUGUUAGCUGCAUUUGCAGCUCAGCAUCUGUUGCAGCAAUUACAGAAACCGAUAGAAAACAGACCAUUUAGGAAUAAGAUUGUGUUUGCCUGCUUCGGUUUUGCAUUAUUGGUCUCAGCAAUGCACGCAACCCAGACCUGAAGGAGGCCCAAUACAAAUAUAUGGAGAAAACAAAAAAUAAAUGCUGUUUAUAUCAUACCAAACCAUUAACAGUGCUUUAUUUCACCAAACCAUAUUAAUAAUGUGUGGGUUUUUAAUUGAGAAUUAGUUUUGGGCAGAAUUAAAAUACAACUCCUUGGAAACAUUUAAAUGUGGCUGGCGGUUAUGUAAUCUUUCAACACAUAACUCCAUUAUUGAAUUAUGGAGCCUUAUGGCAGCACAUUCUUUAUAUUAUAUUGCAAAAAAAAAAUUGUUUUUGAAUUUAUAAUGCAAAACAAUAUGUAUCCUUGGGAUACAUUUUAGGAAUAUAUUGCUAAAAAAAAAGUGAAACAAAUGUACAAGACAAUAAUGAUAUCAGAACUCUAUAGAGUAUGUGUAUUUAUAAACAGCAAUGCAACAAAAACAGUCAUGUUUUUCCUUUCAUUGUAAAAUCAAAACCUGCUUUUCAAUGAAGUGUUCUUAAAGUCAUUGGGCAUUUUGCUUUUUGUCUGUCUUAUGCCCAAGGCUGUAUUUUUUUUAAUGGCUGUCACAGAUUUCAUGCUUUCCAGGAAAUGUACCCAUUGCUGUGUAAUAUGUAGUUCCCCCUGAAAAUUUGCAUUUCUGAAAGAAUAGUUUAAAUCUAAAUAUUUUUUUAUUGCUUAAAAAUAAAUACAGCAAACAUUUGCCUUAUUGACACACUAUGUGUUAACUGCAUUUAGGAACUUGGCAGCCAGUUUAGUUUGCUUCCGGUAAAUGAUUGAAAACACAUUGCUUAGAGCUGCACGAUUUCUUUAAAAUGUCUUCAACGAAAAAGACACCAGCUACAUCAAAUAUCGGAAAUAUUUCUGCUAAAGAUCGCUCGGUUCAAUAAAAAUCGAGGACUUAUCACAUGUUUGUUGUUAUUUUUACUUGUAUUUAUGGUUUUAUUUGUUUGAUAUUUCACUGAUGGUGAAAACAGAAUGUCUUUAAAAGGUGGACAUAAAAAAUUAAAUACUCUACAGUUUAGCAUUUCCUGUUUUUCAGGUAAGCCUUUAAAUAUUUAGGAACAUUUGUUGUAUAACAGCUUUAGAGAAAAUGGUCAAUGUUAAAUGUGACACAAUUUGUUUCUGCUUUAAUAAAUAUUAUGUUUAAUUGUGAACUAUCUUGAAAUAUCUAUUUUUAGACCAUGAAAUAAGUCAUUUUGUUUACUGUGAAAAAAAUAAAGCUCUGCUUCUGACCCUCAAAAUGAAGGAUUUAUGUUAAAGGAAGACAGCAGAUUGUUAAUCACAGAUUACAAGAGGACUUGUCCACUCCUUCUCAUUUAAUAUAAUAGUAAUAAUGGAUACAUUCAAAAAAUCCAUUGAAGGCUUCCCUAACUAUUUACAUUUUGAGAACAAGAACUCCACUCAGUCAGCACUGACAAAGGUCACAGUGCACAUUAAUGCACCCGCGUAGCUCAACUGGUUUUGUUAGGGCGGUGCUUGGCAUUUAUGUUUUUAUAUUUUUGUGUGUGGUGAAUUGAAGUCCUGCCAAAACAGAUAGGGCAUGAAACCUACUUUAUCAUUGAUCUGAACUGGUGGCCAUGUUUACUGUUUGUACAAUUUAACAAAGCACAGGUUGUAUGCAUACACAAAUGCCCAAUAGUACUUCAUUAUCUACUAAGAUAUGUCUUUUAAUGUUUAGUGUUGAACAUUCUACUAAAAUGGCCUUGCACAUGUAAGUUGUAAAUGUAAAACAUUCUUUUGCUUUAUUUUGCACUGCCAAAAACAAGGAAUGCUACGAUUGUCUCAGAUUUUACUAAGCCGUGUUUCAGACUGCACUCCAGUGACAGCAGUAAUGCAAACCUGAUGAUGUUUAGUGACUGUACCUGCAGUAAAAGACGGAGAACCAUGAAAAUAUUUUCUUGUAAAAAUCAGUAUGUAAUGGAUUGUAUCUUUGUUUAAAGCAAUGUGAAAAUAAUAAUAAUAAUAAAAAUGAAAUCUU